CAGCUCUUGUCCAUGGUCUUGUCACUUCACACGAGAGAGGAACAGGAAGCCGCCUGCACAUCCUAGAACACGGAUAGACGAAACACAGAGUCAGGUUAAAUUUGCUUUGCUUUGGCGAUCUGCAAAGAAGGCACAAUGUCUUUCUGUCAGUUUAUUGGCAGUGAGAUUUACAAGGAUCAUUUCAAACCAGGAAUCUAUGUUUGCUCCAAGUGUAACCAUCCCCUGUUCUCAAGUCGGUCUAAGUUCCCCCACUCAUCUCCCUGGCCGGCUUUCACAGACACCAUCAAAGAGGACAGCGUCACCAAGAUGAUGGAGACUCUCACUGCUUACAAGGUCCUGUGUGGAAAAUGUGGCAAUGGACUGGGCCAUGAGUUUUUGAAUGAUGGUCCGGAGGAGGGAAAGUCUCGUUUUUGAAUCUUCAGCCACUCGCUUAAGUUUGUCUCCAACAAAGGCAAGGACAAGCAAUAAAGAGCGAGGAAGAGAGUUUACACUCCAGCUGCUGCAUUUCUUUCCCAGUCCAGGUCCAACGAGCAGGUCGGGUCAGCCAGUGACGUGGAUGGGGGAAAGGCCUGAGAGGGACGCCCUGCCCACUGAAAAAUUUCUGACUUGGUUUGGACAAUACCUCUGCAAAUAUGCUAUAUUUGCAUUUAUUAAAUAACUUAUAUAAAAAGGCACUAACUACGUUAUUCUUAUGGUCCCACUUCAUGAAGGUGCAUGCCAUCGUAGCAACAAUUAUAUAGAAGUUGCCACUUAAUGCUGCUAUAAAAUUAUUCUUUACUGUGUCUAUAACUGUAUUGUACUGAUAUUAGUCAAACUUUUCCAAAUGUACUGUAUGUUAUCUAUGCACUGAGGCCAAAAUACUAUAUGUUUAUUUUAAUUCCAUCCCACAGCAAAGAAAGUGAAUGAAUCAGCUACAUUUUUCUAACCGUAAUGCACAGUGAGCAUUCCUCAUAACAGGGACAAACAAAACAUUUUAAUUUAUCUUUCUUGUGAUUGUUUUAAUGCUGGUAUGAAAGGAAAAAGUGAAUAAAAUCUGGUUGAUUUUUCA